GAUCAAAGCCUCAAAGGCACCGAUCGAUGAUGGGGCAAAAUCAUGGCAUUAUUGAAUCUAGCGGUGGAGAGAUCGUUAUUCCCGGGCCGUCACCUUUUGAUGUCUUGCCGGAGGAUUGCAUCUCCAACAUAAUCUCUUUCACAAGUCCACGAGAUGCGUGCGUUGCUGCAUCGGUUUCAAAAACCUUUGAAUCGGCUGUUAAUUCCGAUAGCGUAUGGAACAAGUUUCUUCCGCCGGAUUAUUCAUCUCUGAUUUCUCAAUCUCGAGUUUUCGCAUCGAAGAAGGAGCUUUAUUUCGCUCUCUGCCACAACCAAGUUCUGAUUGAAGAUGGCAAAAAGAGCUUUUGGUUAGAGAAAGCGAGUGGGAAAAGGUGUAUCAUGUUAUCUUCAAAGGAACUUUGGAUCACAUGGGGAAGUAGUCCUGAAUAUUGGCAAUGGAUUUCAGAUCCUGAAUCUAGAUUUGAAAAAGUAGCAGAACUUCUUGAUGUGUGUUGGUUUGAGAUUCGUGGCAAGACAAGCACUCGUGUACUAUCUCCUGGAACUCGUUACUCGGCUUACAUUGUUUUCAAGACGAAAGAUGGAUGUCGUGGAUUAGGUCAUUUGCCGGUAGAAGUUGGACUAGGUUUGGUGGGACAAGAAUCUUCCAAAAGGUUCAUAUACUUCGUUGGACCUAGGAACCGAAGGAGAGGGAGAGAAACGAGAGAUGUAACGAAACCAGAGCAGAGAGAAGAUGGAUGGAUGGAAGCUGAGCUUGGUGAAUUCUUCAAUGAAGAAAGAUGUGAUGAAAUUGAGUUAAGUGUUAUUGAGAUUAAGUCCCCUUCUUGGAAGAGUGGUUUGAUCAUUCAAGGAAUCGAAUUCCGCCCUACGAAAAGCCCGUAAAGUAUUAGUACCCGGUUUCGAUGAUUACGGUAUAUAUGUUUGUUCUAUAUCUAAGCAAGUGAGAAAGUUUGUUGUAUUGUAACAUGAGAUAUUUAACGUUUUGGAUCGUAAUGUUUGUGUACUUGGGUUUUUGUUUAUGAUGGUUCAUCAUUCUCACAUGAAUAAACAUUACACUCCUAA